AUGUGGGGUGCCGUCGCCUGGGGCCGCGCCCCGGCUCCCGCCCGCGGGCCGGCGGCCUCGCUGCGCCCCUUCGGCACCUCCUUCACCCGCGGCGGCUGGAUCCGCGCCGACCGUUCGCGCACCGGCCUGCCUGGCCUCACGGGCGCCGUGCCGCCCAUCAUCCGAUUCUUCCGUCGGCACACCUCCACUGAGUCCACCGAAUCUCCGGGCCCCGGCAGCGUCGACCUGCAGGAGCCCCCCCAGGAUCCCGAUGCAGGGUCGCCCGAGCAGGCGGGCAUCGCAGGUCGAGAUACGGUCUCAGAAGACGAGGGGCCAUUCGCGCUGCGCACCCUGUGGGAGGAGAUGAAGGACGUGACGUUUAUGGGGAAGAGGGGGGAGGGCUGGUUCUUGGCGCAGGUCAUCGCGGUGAUGCUGAUCCUCUUCCCGCCGGUCAGCCUGAAGGGGAUGCUGGACGCCGUGGGCGUGCUGGCGGUGGCCACCGGGCUUGUCUUCACCUUGUCGUCGGUGUUGAGUUUAGGAAGGAAUAUAUCUCCAUUCCCGUACCCCAGACCAAGCUCGAAAGGCAUAGUCACGGACGGAAUGUACCAAUACGUUCGGCACCCAAUGUACGGUGGGCUGCUGCUGGCCUGCAUCGGCAUCAGCGCGAUCUCGCACAGCGAGGCUCGCUUUCUGCUCACCCUGGUUUUGUGGUGGGCCAUGGAAAAGAAGGUGGAAUUCGAGGAGGCCAGGCUGAUAGAAAGGUUUCCAGAGUACGAAAAAUACAGAUCUGGCGCAAGGAAGUUCUUCCCGUUUGUGUACUGA